AACAUGGAGACGGCCUGCCCGCACCGUUGCCAUCCCUACUGCCGAUUCAUACCUGUCACGUGCAGAUUUUUGUUAUGCAGAUUGCAUCCUUCCACUGGGUUUUGUUUUGCCCUUGUCCAAUUGGGCUUAAGCCUAGCUCUGAUGAUUCUCAAUGUCUGUGUCUGAAACAUUGAGAAAUAAGUAAAUUACAGCAUUACUUCAUAAAGAAUCUCUUUUCAAAAGUGCACCUUCACUUCAAUUUCCACUGCCGAAAGUGACGCUGACUAUGAAAAAUACGGGAGGCCGAUGGUACACAAUGUACAAAUUGUCUGUAGGACUACGGUUUUAAAUACAGAAUCUUCUUUCAUACUAGCCGUAGACAACGUUUUGCUGAAGCUAGUGUGUUGUACGUUGAAUCCAGGAUUCUAAUUUGAAUUUACAUCAUCUUUCCGGAAACUCUUGAUCUCAGCUUAAUCAUCAGCUUCGUUUAGUCACAGAUUCUUUCGCUGUUGGUGAUGGUGAUAGAAGUUGGUCGCUGUUAAACUUGCUAGUGGUAUAGUGUUCUUUCUUCUCGCUUUUCACGGUAGAGUGUACUUGGUAGUAAGCUUGAGAGAUGUGUUUUGAUUGCGGUGCUAAUUAGCGUAAAUGAAGACAACUCCUGCAUGGCCUUGACCACAAGAGAUCUUCUAGCCAUGUCUGGAUCCCGGCAGCAACGAGCGCAUUUGAAGAGGCCAAUUUGGAUUAUUUUCUUUGUUUCAUUGGUUGUUCUUUUUCUGAUUGGGGCCUAUGUUGUUUUCCCAUCGAGAAGCUUCACGGCUUGCUAUUUCUUUUCUUCUAAGGAUUGUACUAUGUUCGAUCAACCUCCAUCUCCUCCUGCUAGGGAACUAACUGUGCUCGAUGAACCUCUAUCUUUUCCUGCUAGGGAACUAACUGAUGAUGAGAAUAUUGCUUGGGCUGUAAUGAAUGAACUUGUGAAGAAACCUCCUGCUCCGUCGAAGAACCCAAAAAUUGCUUUCUUGUUUAUGACUCCUGGGGCUUUACCUUUUGAGAAGCUGUGGGAAAAGUUCUAUCAAGGCCAUGAGGACAGAUUCUCUGUUUAUGUACAUGCCUCUAGUCAGAAACCUGUGCACAUGAGCCGUUACUUUGUUGGCCGAGACAUUCAUAGUGAGAAGGUGGCUCGGGGUAAAAUUUCCAUGCUUGAAGCAGAGAAGAGACUCUUGGCACAUGCGCUUCUGGAUCCUGAUAACCAGCAAUUUGUCUUGCUGUCUGACAGUUGUGUGCCGCUGCAUAACUUUGACUAUGUGUAUAACUACCUGAUGUAUACAAAUAUUAGUUACAUUGAUUGUUUUGAGGAUCCUGGUCCACAUGGAAAUGGCAGGUAUUCAGAACAUAUGUUGCCUGAAGUUGAAAAGAAGGAUUUCCGGAAGGGUUCUCAGUGGUUUUCCAUGAAACGGCAGCAUGCUAUUAUAAUUAUGGUGGACAAUCUUUUCUACACAAAAUUCAAGCUUUACUGCAAGCCUAAUAUGAAUGGGAGAAACUGCUAUGCGGAAGAGCACUAUUUGCCAACUCUAUUUCAUAUGAUUGAUCCGAGCGGAAUUGCGAAUUGGUCAGUGACUCAUGUUGAUUGGUCUGAAGGAAGGUGGCAUCCAAAAGCAUACAGAGCUCAAGAUGUUACAAUUGAGCUCCUUAAGAGUAUUGCGUCCAUUGAUGAAACUGUACAUGUCACGAGCAAUGAAAAGAAGGAAAAGACAGUCCAACAUUGCUUGUGGAAUGGAACGAAGCGACCUUGUUACCUAUUUGCAAGAACGUUUUUUCCCGAAACCCUUGAUAGAUUAACACUCCUCUUAAAUUACACCACAGUGUAGCCAUUUUUGCUCUUCAUAGUUAAUUUUUGGUCGGAUUAACCCCGUUUGGCACCCGCUCCUUCAACUCUCAUGUAUAGAUUAUAGAACAUAAAAUAGCCAAAUUGUACAUUUUCUGUGUCUGUUCACUUCACUAAGCAGAUUAGGCUUUUGAUGACAAAAGCAGAUCAGCUUGUUUGGUCACCAGGCCUUGGCUGGGCUUUGGGAAAUAUAGGGAAGCAGUUGUCAUCAAAUUUGGGCCUUCAUAUUAUUGGGCCGUGUUUGUUUUAUGUACUUAAAAAUUUCACUAUAGAACGUCUGGUUUAUAAACAAAAAUGAGUGCAUUUUUUGUUUUUCA